CGACUGCUUCCGUCGGUCCGUAGGAUAAAAUAAUCCGUCAGAUACCGACAUUCUUAGGGGGAGUAUUGAAGAGUAUUUCGGGUUAAAACUGAUUUAGGUUGUCAGUGGACACGUUACAGUUUUGUGAAAACACGGUUUAAGUAUGUGCAUAUGAAUUACAUUCUGGAAAUGUAUUUACGUCUUUACAGGAGGACGUAAAUGAAAGGUCGUAGCUGUCAUAGCUCAGCACACUGACAGUACAGUGCUGUGUUGAUGUGCACGUGCCUCUCCUCCGCCAGCAGGAUGUGGAGGGCACGGCGCGUGCUGUGCGGUAGGCUGGCGGGAGCCUACAGACUCUGCUCCAGCAACCGAGCCCAGCCCUCAGCCUCCUCUUCCUCACCUGUCAGCCCGGCUCUCCGGGGCCAGGCGGAGAAACAGAGAAGGAGACGAGUCAAGGAGAGGGCCAUACUGUCCAGUCAGCACAGCAACACUGGAGAUCAUGAACUGACAUGGAGCGAGAAAGAGGAGAUAAAAUACACUGCUCAAACACCUCCUGGACAGAAGAAAGACACCACUGUGCCUUUCCCAUCAUCCUACAGCCCAGAGUACGUGGAGUCCAGCUGGUAUCAGUGGUGGGAGAAAGAGGGAUUCUUCACUCCAGAGCAUCACGAAAGAUUAGCUCAUGCUGUGGAUCAGUCCUUCUCUCUGUGUAUCCCCCCACCAAAUGUGACUGGUUCUCUACACCUGGGCCAUGCUCUUACUGUAGCUAUAGAAGAUGCCCUGGUUCGAUGGAAGAGGAUGCAGGGCUACAGAGUGCUCUGGGUCCCUGGAUGUGACCAUGCAGGGAUUGCCACACAGACAGUGGUGGAGAAGAGACUGCAGAGGGAAGGGAAGCACAGAAGGGACUUGAGCAGGGAGGAGUUUCUGCAGGAAGUCUGGAAAUGGAAGAAUGAUAAGGGGGAUGAGAUCUACCACCAACUGAGGAAGCUUGGAGCUUCUCUGGACUGGAAUAGAGCCUGCUUCACUAUGGAUCCAGGUUUCAGCAAAGCUGUGACUGAGGCCUUUGUAAGGCUUUGCGACUCUGAUCUCAUUUACCGCUCAGAGCGUCUGGUUAACUGGAGCUGUGCUCUGGAAUCUGCCAUCUCCGACAUAGAGGUUGAAUCAAAGGAGCUGUUUGGGCAGACCAUGUUGUCUGUUCCUGGUUAUCAAGAGAAAGUGGAGUUUGGAACAAUGGUUACCUUUGCAUACCCUAUAGAUGGCCACGAUGGCGAGGUGGCAGUGUCCACCACUCGCCCUGAGACAAUGCUGGGAGACGUGGCCAUAGCUGUCCACCCUGAUGAUCCUCGAUACAAGGAUGUUCAUGGAAAGCAUUGCAGGCACCCCUUCACCAACAGAGUCAUACCCAUUGUCACCGAUACAAUGGUUGAUAUGGAGCUAGGAACAGGUGCAGUGAAGGUUACGCCAGCUCAUGACCACAUGGACUUCCUACUUGCGCAGAGACAUUCACUUCCACAUCUUACUGUAAUUGGAGGAGAUGGGACUAUGAUGCCUCACUGUGGACAGUGGUUGAAGGGGGUGAAGCGUUUUGAUGCCAGACAGCAAGUUCUGGAUGCCUUGGCAGACAAGAAGCUGCUCAGAGGAAAGAAGGAUCACGCCAUGAGUUUACCCAUUUGCAGCCGCUCGGGGGACAUUGUUGAGCCUCUGUUAAAGAAGCAGUGGUUCUUGCGCUGUGAUGAGAUGGCUAAAAGAGCCAUACAGGCUGUGGAGGAUGGACAGUUGGAAAUCAUCCCACACUUCUAUACCAAAACAUGGAAAAACUGGCUGUCCAACAUCAGUGAUUGGUGCAUUUCCCGGCAGCUGUGGUGGGGUCAUCAGAUCCCUGCUUACCAUGUGGAGCUUCCCAGUUCUUCUGACAAACAAGAGGAGCAGUGGGUUUGGGGAAGGAGUGAGGACGAGGCUAGACAGAGAGCUGCCAUCAAAUAUGGAGUAAAGAUGGAGUCCAUCACUUUGACUCGAGACACUGAUGUUCUGGACACUUGGUUCUCUUCUGGGCUCUUUCCCUUUGCCAUGCUGGGCUGGCCUGAACAGACCAGUGACCUUCAGCAGUACUACCCCAACUCCAUUUUGGAGACAGGAAGUGACCUGAUCUUCUUCUGGGUGGCAAGGAUGGUGAUGCUGGGCACAGAACUAACAGGCCAGUUGCCCUUUAAAAAGGUUCUGCUUCACUCUCUGAUGAGGGAUAAACAUGGCAGGAAGAUGAGUAAAUCUUUGGGAAAUGUAAUUGACCCUUUAGAUGUUAUAUCUGGCAUAUCUCUGGAGAGGCUUCAUCAGAAAGUGAAGGAUGGAAAUCUUCACCCCAGAGAAAGGACUGUUGCCAUGGAAGCACAGAGGAAAGACUUCCCUAAGGGAAUUCCUCAGUGUGGUACUGAUGCUCUGCGAUUUGCCCUUUGCUCUUACAAGAUGCAGGGGGAGGACAUCAAUUUGUCUGUGUCUCAGGUUCUGAGCUGCAGACAUUUCUGUAACAAAAUGUGGCAGACACUAAGAUUCACCCUGGGAGUGUUGGGCGAUAAAGAAAUGCAACUGGGAACUCUGGAGGAGACUACUCCUCUGAGCAGUGUGGACCGGUGGGUGUGCUCUAGACUCUACAGCACAGUUCUACAAUGUGAACGAGGCUUUGAAGCCUACGAGCUGCAUGCUGUCACAUCUGCCCUGUAUUCCUUUUGGGUGCACAGUCUCUGUGAUACCUAUAUGGAGUGUAUAAAGCCUGUGCUGGGCAAGCUUGAUCAGAGGGCAGGGGUCCAGAUCCACAGAGAGGAUAGUGGCAGAGCAAAGCAGGUGGCCAGCAAUGUCCUCUAUCACUGUGUUUCUGUGUCCCUCGCCCUCCUCUCCCCCUUCAUGCCCUUCCUCACGGAGGAGCUGUGGCAGAGACUUCAGCCAUUCAGGCCUGAUGCUGCCAAGGCAAGCCUGUGUUUACAGCCGUAUCCCAGCUCCACUCAACUGGCACACUGGCAUUUCCCUGAAGAGGAAAGAGAUUUCUCACUGGUUCAGGAUGUAGUAAGAGUAGCACGGUCCCUCCGGGCCCAGUGUGGUAUGGCCAAAGAAAAGCCAGACAUGUGGGCAGUGUGUUCACCCAGCCAGGCCCAGACCCUCCUUCACUUUGGUUCAGCUGUUCAGACUUUAAGCCGUGUCUGCAAUUUCCACAUCUACAGUCCUCAGGGAGAACACGGGCUCCCCUCCGUGCCCUCCACUCCUCCUCCACCUAAAGGAAGCAUCGUCAGCGUGGUGAAUCACUCGUGUCAGCUACACCUUGCUGUUAAGAAUGGAGUGAACAUUGGCAAACACAUCCUCCAUCUCUCACAGCGCAAAGAGAAGCUUCUUCCCAAGCUGGAGGAGGUGCUCUCCAAAACCACAUCACCAGAGUACCUUGAGAAAGUACCAGCACAUGUGAGGCAGGAGAUGCAGAAUAAGAUCUCUGCCUUGCAGGAGGAGCUGAAGAACAUCGAGGACCAGCUGAUAGCACUUCAAGAGACUCAGACAACCUAAAAACUACAAUAAAUGGCAAGUGACAAUUUGCUGGUGGACUACAGGACAUCAGAACUUAAAGUAAUGAAAAGAAUUACCAAGUCAACACAGAAGCUUGGGACCUCAUACUGAUCAACUAUUUAUAUAGACAUUUAAAUCAAAAUGUUUUUUCCUGCUUGAAUGGGAUUUCAUUGGAUUCAGUCUUGAGAUACUGCGGUAUUGUAUGUAUAAUGUUAAUGUAUAUGUUUGUAAUAAUAAAAAAAAGUUAUGGGAGUACCCAUGGAAAGGGAAAUAAAUGACUCUUCUAAAUAACUAAAAUAUU